AUGCCCGAAGUGCUAAAUUUAAUUCAGUUUGCCGAGCGUUUACAGCAGGAUCUUCGAAAUGUCGUGAACGAAACGAAAAGAAAAUACGUACCGAUAAAAGACAGCGCUGAAGCACAAAUAAAGCGUUUGAAAGAGUUAAUUAACGGAAAUCAGGAUAUUAGAACUUACUUGCUGGAGAACAACGUGGAACUCGUCAACCCUCUUAUUAAAGGUUGUGAAACUGGUCAGCCUAAGUUGGUUAAUAUUUGUUUGACGGCCUUGCAGCGUUUAAUUACGUCCCAAAUGCUGACGGAAUAUUCUGUUGAGUCUUUGCUGAACGUUAUAAGCACUUUGGUGGAUGCAGAACUCGAAGAACUCAAACUGCUGCAGACUACUAUUCUUCUUGUCACGACAAAUCAUACGUUAUCGGAUAUGUCUUUGUCACGGGCAUUGGGAAUAUGCUUGAGAUUGCACAAUAGCAAGACAAGCACCGUGGUGAAUACAGCGGCCGCUGCGAUUCGUCAAUGCACUGGUGCUGUUUUCGACCAUAUUAAUAGAGAUAGCUUAUCUUCUUCAGCUUACGAAAAUGUCCAAGGCGACAAGGAGACGGAUAUGUUUAGAUUCACUCCUGCGUCAAAAAGCGCCUUUUUCUUGUUUCAAGACCUCUGCCUUCUGACGUCCAAUGAUAUUCCCCACUGGUUGCAGGGCAUCGAGUCUAUCUCCCCUCUCUUGGGUUUGGAGUUGAUCGAAUCAGUUCUCCUUAACUACCGCAGUCUCUUCGCGAAGGCAAAGGAGUUCCACUACCUGUUAAAGGAACGGGUAUGCCCACUAAUCAUCAAGUUAAUGGCCUCUGGUCUAACCACGGACGGGCAGAGGACCGCGGUGCGAGACGGCAGUAGCGACGCAUUCAGCGGUGGUGGCGGUGGCAGCACCUACGCCGGACUCUCCGAUUUUGGUAUCAACGUCCGUCUCAACCGCAUCAUCACUCUCCUUUGCUCAAGUUACUUUGAGUGCCUUAACACUGAAUGUGAGAUGCUGAUAUCGACUAUAGUGCGGAAUGCCGAAAACGAACAAAAUACUUGGCGUCGAGCUCUCGCCUUGGAGGUCAUAUACAAGAUUAUCUCCCAACUGGACCUGCUUGUGAAAAUAUGCACGACAUUCGACAUGAUGGAUCCACCCUCUCGGGUUUUCUUCGGACUCGUCACUACUGUGGGUGGUUUCGUCCAAUCAACCCUUCUGACACCGCAUGGCUCCCACCUAGAAUCUACAGGAACCCUUUUAGGAGCAUCUUCUGGGCACCAACUUCCACAAAAACCCUCAUUCCUAUACAGGGGAGUUGGCCAUGUAAUCGCUGAUGCACAAAAGUUGGCUCUGUUGGAGGUUUUAGACAGACUCGAAGCACCGUCUCUUCCAGAGGGCUAUUCUCUUCGAUUGACCAUCAGCUGUCUACUGCAGUUUGUUUGGUCCCUUCAACACUUGAUUCAGCAGGCUGGGUCAUCAAUGGAAAGUGUUUCUGCAAAUAACCCCCCAGUCGAAUUUGAAAUGCUAAAAAUUUCUUGGACUGCAUUGCUACCUUCUCUUUCUCUACUGCUCGAGGCUUGUGCUGACGAAAAACUCACCGACUCCUUACUUUUGGCUGAGAGCGUCAUGGUGGUGCUUAGCAGUCGGUGCGGCAUCGUAGAUGCUCGCGAAGCUUUUGUUGCAUCCAUUUGCAAGUUUGCCUUACCUUCAUUUUUCGUUCUCUCGGAGAGACAGAUUUCUAAACACUUGCACCACCAGCAGCAGCCGUUGGACGAGGCUACUGAUCGAAGUCCGGUAGUGAUUGUGGUGAAUACCAGCCACGGCCUGGGUAACCUUAGCCUUGAGGUGUCCCCCUCGUCAACGAGCAGCUCUGCGGACGCAACCGCCCCCUCCUUCUCUGCCAGCUCUCAUGGAUCUCAAACACCUUCUUCGCUUUUCAUCACGGCCAAACACAUCCAGGUUUCAAAAGCGCUGCUCGAGUUGGCCAAGGUGAAUGGUGCCCUGCUCGACUCCUCGUGGUACCUUGCGCUUACAACCAUGCAGCACCUAGUGUGGAUGCUUGGGCUUAAGGCGGCCCCUUCGAUUACGAUAUCGAGUACGAAGGCGGUGGCGUCGAACUCGCAGAAUACACCCGUAUCUCUGCGUCUCGACACAAGCUUCUUCGAGAAUGCCAACGCGCCCAAUCUGCCUAGCCAAGGCGGCAGUGUAGUCUCCAAGGCUCUGACCGAGUUGCCUACUCUCUCGGAGACUCUCUCUUCCAUCUUUGAGUACUCCAGAAAUUUCGAUGAAGUUGCCCUUGGCUACCUUAUUCGAGCCCUUUGUAGCAUCGCCACUGAGGCAUGUGAAUUCGCAAAUUCAAACCGAGAUCCCAGUCAUUUUUCCGUGGUGAAACUGGCUGAAGUUGGUCUGGCGAAUCUUCAUCGGCUCAAUGUCUGGUGGGAGACGAUCAACAACCAACUUCUAACGGGUCGGUACCACGUGCUCGCCCUGGUCCCCCUGCUCCCCCACUGCCCGAUCGGUAGCAUGAGGCGCAACUACCGCCUGAGACGAGGGGAUGGGGAUCAAGGGCAGUCGCACAUCCUUUCGAUAAUAUGGCGCCGGCUGGAUUCUCACUACUCUGUACUUUGUCUGCUCCAGGUGAAUUUCCCUUUGUACCCUAAUGGAAUGACGCUCAAAGCCUAG